AUGUUCCGAUCAUGUCUGCGACAUUGCCGCCGCGCGACCGUCCGCUCUCGAACCUGUCCGCGAUGCUCGCACCAUGAGAUACCCCAAUUACAAGUCGUCCAACGACAGAUCUCACUUUCGUCCUCUUUCCCCCAUAUCCGCCGCCUUCAGACGUCCUCUACGGACACACAAGAGCGUAUUCCCAUCCGUAAACAACUCAAGCAGGAAGCCAAAGCCAUAAAAUCUCGGAAGCGAGAACGACGAGAACAGGAGGAAGCUUCUCGGCAUAAGUGGGAGUUGACUGUGGGAGUGGAGAUACAUGCGCAGUUGAAUACAGAGACGAAGCUCUUCUCAAGAGCACCGACCUCACCCUCCGAACUUCCCAACACCAACGUUGCUCUGUUCGACCUCGCGUUUCCCGGCAGUCAACCGGAAUUCCAAGUGGCGACCCUUCUGCCUGCUCUUCGCGCCGCAAUUGCUCUGAACUGCGAUAUCCAGCCGGUUAGUCGUUUCGACCGGAAGCACUAUUUCUAUCAAGAUCAGCCGUCGGGCUACCAGAUUACUCAAUACUACGAACCAUUCGCCAGAAAUGGCUACCUCGACCUUUUCCGCCAUGACGGUAUUGCUCCAGAGGACGGAGACCGGGUUCGUAUCGGCAUUAAACAAAUCCAGCUCGAACAAGACACGGCGAAAUCGCAAGAAUACCCUCCAUCCAUGCAGCUCCUCGAUUUCAACCGUGUUUCCCAUCCUCUCAUUGAGAUAAUUACAAUGCCCGAAAUCCACACUCCCGCCACGGCUGCCGCAUUUGUGCGUAAGGUUCAAGCCAUCCUUCAAUCGUGUAGCGCCGUAACUACCGGAAUGGAGGCGGGUGGUCUCCGCGCGGAUAUCAACGUCUCGGUACGGCUACGAGGUGACGGUUCAGGCACACAUCAAUAUAGCGGCAUCGGUGGGCUUGGUCAACGCACUGAGAUCAAGAACCUGAGCAGCUUCAAGGCAGUAGAGGACGCGAUUAUCGCAGAGAAGAACAGACAGAUUGCUGUUCUCGAGAGCGGGGGUGUUGUCGAAGGCGAGACGCGUGGCUGGACGAUUGGAAGCACCGAAACACGGAAACUUCGAGGAAAAGAGGGCGAGGUCGACUAUCGAUACAUGCCCGAUCCUGAUAUUCCGCCUCUCCUGAUUGGCAAGGAUAUCAUCUCGGCGCUUUCGAAUACCCUGCCGGCGGGUCCGGAUGCACUUAUCGACAUGCUAGUCGGCCAGUACGGACUUGCCAUAGAAGACGCAAAGCCGCUUGUUGAACUUGAAGACGGGGCACGACUAGAGUAUUACCAGGAUGUUGUCGAUAUCUUACGUAAUCUACAGCAAGAUCUCGAUUCAAAGACUCAAGCCGGUCUCGGCCGUGUUGCUGGCAACUGGGUUCUCCACGAACUCGGCGGUUUACUGAGCAAGGCUGGCCUAGCCUGGGAUGCCGAAAGAGUUACAGCGGAGUCUCUCGCGGCGCUUAUCGACCAGCUCCAGCGAAAGCGCAUUACUGGAGCGACGGCCAAAAAGGUGCUUGCCAUGUUAUUUGACGGAGACCGACGGCCUGUCGCUCAACUCCUCGAGGAGGAAAAUCUGAUCUUGCGGCCGCUGUCGCGUGAGGAAUACAUUGCUCUCGCUUCAGCAGCUAUAGAGCUGAACCCGCAAAUGGUAGAACAGAUCCGGAGUAAAAACCAGCUUGGCAAGCUGGGCUGGUUUGUGGGCCAAAUGAUGCGUAUGGGUGAAAAAGGUCGUGUGGAGGCACAAAAAGCUGACGCGAUUCUGCGAGAGCUUAUUCUAGGAUUGUCGCAGUAG